AUGAGGCUGCGGGCGCGCGGUCCCCGGGCCGCCCCCGCCUCCAGCGUGGGGGCCGGCGACGCGCCGCGGCUGGCGCCCCCGGGGCGGAACCCCUUCGUACACGAGCUGCGCCUCAGCGCCCUGCGGAAGGCCCAGAUCAUCUUCAUGACGCUGACGCUCUUCCCCAUCCGGCUGCUACUCAUCGUUACCAUGAUGCUGCUCGCCUGGCCCUUCACGUUCUUCGCUACGCUGGGGUCCUCAGACAGGGAACCCGAACAGCCCCCGGCCACGUGGCGGAAGGUUGUGGACUUCCUGCUCAAGGCCAUCAUGCGCACCAUGUGGUUUUCCGGCGGCUUCCACUGGGUGGUCACGAAGGGGCAGCAGGCCCCUCCGUCCGAGGCCACCAUCCUCACCCUGGCUCCGCACUCCUCCUACUUCGAUGCCAUCGCUGUCACCCUGACGAUGUCCUCCAUCGUGAUGAAGGCAGAGAGCAGAGACAUCCCAAUAUGGGGAACUCUGAUAAAGUACAUCCGGCCAGUGUUCGUGUCCCGGUCAGACCAGGAUUCCCGAAGGAAGACCGUGGAGGAGAUCAGGAGGCGGGCACAGUCGAAUGGAAAGUGGCCACAGAUAAUGAUUUUUCCAGAAGGAACAUGUACCAACAGGACCUGCCUAAUUACCUUCAAGCCUGGUGCCUUUAUCCCUGGAGUUCCUGUGCAGCCUGUGGUUCUACGGUACCCGAAUAAACUGGAUACCAUCACUUGGACCUGGCAAGGCCCCGGAGCGUUGAAAAUCCUGUGGCUCACACUGUGUCAGUUUCACAAUCGAGUGGAAAUCGAGUUCCUCCCCGUGUACAGCCCUUCAGAGGAAGAGAAAAAGGACCCCGCGUUGUACGCCAGCAACGUGCGGCGCGUCAUGGCCGAGGCCCUGGGCAUCUCUGUAACCGACUACACGUUUGAGGACUGCCAGCUGGCCCUGGCGGAAGGACAGCUCCGUCUCCCUGCGGACACUUGCCUUCUAGAAUUUGCCAGGCUGGUGAGGGGCCUGGGGUUAAAACCAGAAACACUUGAGAAAGAUCUGGAUAAAUAUUCCAAAAGCGCCAAGAUGCAGAGGGGAGGAGAGUUGGGUCUCCCUGAGUUUGCGGAGUACCUGGGCGUCCCUGUCUCAGACACGCUGGAGGACAUGUUCUCCCUGUUUGAUGAGAGCGGAGACGGCAGGAUGGACCCUCGGGAGUACGUGGUCGCCCUGUCUGUCGUCUGCCGGCCGUCCCGGACUCUGGACACCAUCCGGCUCGCGUUCAAGAUGUACGGGUCACGGGAUGGAGACAUCGAUGAGGACACCCUGUCCCGCAUCCUCAAGACUGCCUUAGGGGUGGCAGAGCUCAGCGUGACCAACCUUUUCCGGGCCAUCGACCAGGAGGGGACAGGGCGGAUCACAUUUGCUGACUUCUGCAGGUUUGCAGAAAUGUUCCCCAACUUUGCAGAGGAGUACCUGUACCCCAAACAGACCCAUCCGGACAGCAGUGCACAGACACCCCUCGCUCCAACCCCCAACGGCUUCUGUGCGGACUUCAGCCCUGAAAACUCGGACAUUGGAAGGAAACCUUUCCGUAAGAAACUGGACUAG